CUCGCCUCCGCCUCCGCCUUCCGCUUCCUCCCAGGCAGCCCCAAACCCACGAAACCCUCCUCUCCUCGCCGCCGCGCCGCCGCGCCGCCGCUUCCUCCUCCUCCCGCUGCCCACCCCCGGACCCAACCCUACCUUCGCGACAGCGGGAAUCGGAGCCGCGGGACAGGAUGCCGCCGAAGAAGGCCGCCCCGUCGAAGGCGGAGCUGGCCAAGAAGCAGAAGGUCGUGGAGGACAAGACCUUCGGGCUCAAGAACAAGAACAAGAGCAAGAACGUCCAGAAGUACGUCCAGUCCCUGCACCAGGCCGUCCAGCCCAAGCCCGACCCGACCAAGACCGCCGCCAAGAAAAAAAAGGAGGAGGAGAAGGCGCGCGAGAAGGAGCUCAAUGAUCUGUUCAAGGUCGCCGUCAGCCAGCCCAAGGUCCCAGUUGGUGUUGAUCCCAAGUCAAUAGUGUGCGAGUUCUUCAAGGUUGGCCAGUGCCAGAAGGGUUUUAAAUGCAAAUUCUCACAUGACCUGAAUGUCCAGAGGAAGGGUGAGAAGAUUGAUAUCUACACAGACAAGCGUGAUGCAGAAACUAUGGAGGACUGGGAUCAGGAAACUUUGGAGAAGGUUGUUGAAUCGAAAAGGACAGAGUAUCAGCAGAACAAGCCUACUGAUAUUGUCUGCAAGUACUUUCUUGAUGCCGUGGAGAAGAAACAGUAUGGAUGGUUUUGGGUUUGCCCAAAUGGUGGUAAGGAUUGCCACUACAGGCAUGCCCUUCCACCUGGAUAUGUGCUAAAAUCCCAAAUGAAGGCCUUACUGGAGGAAGAGAGUGAUAAGAUAGCCAUUGAAGAUGAGAUUGAAGAUCAGCGUAAAAAGACAAAGACUACCACCCCUAUGACCACAGAAUUGUUCAUGGAAUGGAAGAGAAAGAAGGCAGAAGAAAGAGAAGCUGGCCAAGCUGCGUUGAAGGCAGAGAGGGCUAAGAAUGAUCGCAUGAGUGGUCGUGAGUUGUUCAUGGCUGAUGCAAGUGUGUUCGUUGACGAUGCGGAAGCAUAUGAAGUCUAUGAGAGAGAGGAAGAGUCUGAGGCCAACGAAGAAUCGAGCAAGAAAAGUCAGGAUGCAGGUCCAAGUUCAUCAACUUCUAAUGGCAAGGAGGUUGAGGAACUAGAUGACGAAGAUAUCGAUAUUGAUGAUGACUUGGACAUUGAUGAAUUAAAUGAACUUGAAGCAAGCCUGUCGAGAACGUCCAUCCAAAUCCGAGAGCCUGGCGAGGGAACAUCAUCCUGAGCAGUAGUAUUAUGGAAGAUCGUUGAGAAUUAGCUCUCCAUUUUUGGGCUCCCAAACCAAUCAAGUUGCUUUUGGAAACAGAAAGGUGGAGCAUAGAUGCAAGUGGAAAUGAUUUCUAGUUCACUAGCUAUCUUGAGGGAGCAACGAUCAACGAAUGACCCAGUGUUAUGAUUACAUGACAAUUGAUGUUUGCCGUGUGCCCUUUUAUCAUGUAACCCUUUUGGGGAACAUGUUGGUACUUGUGAAUAACAGGACUAAAUUAUUUUUGUUGACUUUGCGUGGACUCACGAGUAAAAUUUUGAUGCGAUCGUUA